ACGCACGGACGAACUUCCUUCUCAAGGAAUUCUUCCAUUUUAGGAAUUUGAGAUCAGCCAGACAAUAUCCCUCGUAAACUCGGGCACCCAAAUGGAUGGUCGAAUCGCAUUUGUUGAUUAGGUAUUCAACCUCAAAUUUAUUAUAGCGCAUCAAGUAUCAGUUCAGGGUGAUGGACCGUCAAUCUACGUUUCACCUAUUUCCCUAUCUCCCUGCAGAGCUUCGCCACGAGAUAUGGCGCAUGGCGAUGGCCGACUGGUACAUUGUCACGUUCUCCAAACACUCCAACAAUGAUAGAUUGCGCUCUCUAGGAUGGGACCCCUCGACUAUAGGGCAAGUAUGCCAAGAAACAAAGUUCUUGAUGCAGAAGACAUUUCUCAAUGUACGUUGGCCGCCACGUAGCCUAGGCAAGCAACAUCAGAACAUUGGUUGCUGGAUCAAUUUUGGCACAGCUAUCGUUCAUUUUGGCCCAGCCGACGUAGCCCUAGAUCGCAUCAGAUACACCGGAGGAGAAUUCGCUCUCUCGCGCUUGGCCUACGCGGCUAUAACCUGGACUUCGUGGUCUGAUAUUGUUAAAUGUUUCCAACAGUUUAGUCUGCAUUAUCAUUCCUUACACACCGUAUUUAUUUUCGCAUCUGCAGAGCCAAUCAUUUCACAACCCCGAAAAAUAAGGAAUUGUGAUAUUAUUCCUAUGGUUAAUAGUAUCACGAUGGGUCCCCCGCGCCUCGACGCGCAGCCCCUAGACGCUUUCCGCAUUAGCGAAGAUUUACGCGCCUGGUUCCGCAAACCCGUUCGCCCGCCAGCGGUGAUAUUGCUUCCCUUGUGAAGGUAUUCCCUUAAUAUACAGCUACCUAGCUGUCGGAUUUCAUGCAAGUCUCUCUUUUGAGGAUUGAAGACUGUUGAUCUACUGUUGAUCUUUCGUGCCAACGUACAGAACGGCUAUUAGCCAGUUACGAGUCACUAUAGUUUAGAGAGCCAACCUGAUAUCCUUGGCCAUGGACGUGUUGGUUCCCUGAUGCAAACUCGUGGCGCUUCGAGGCCGUAUAGUCGGUCCCGUACUGCAAGAUCACAAUCAACGUCUAAUAUCUACAGAUAUAUUCGAUCUACCGUAGCC